AUGGAAUUUGGAGGAAUAUCAAUUUAUAUUUUUUUUAUAUCAAUUUCAAUUCCUUUGGUUAUUGGGAACAUACAAGCGCCUGCUUUGAACCCUAGUGUAUUAACUCAAUCAAAAAAUCUCGCUGACUGUCAGGCUUGCAAGUUAUUCAUCGAAUCAUUCAAAAAAGGCUUGGAACGUACGGCUAGAGGGAAAUAUGAAGGAGGUGAUACAGCAUGGGAAGAAGAAAAGUUGAAAAAGUCAUAUAAGCGAAGUGAAAUGCGUCUUAUAGAUAUUCAAGAAGGUGUCUGUAAGGAAGAGAAAACACAUUCUGUGCAAUGUCAUCAUAUGGCUGAAAAAGCUGAAGAGUUUAUAGAAGAGUGGUGGUCACAAGACCCUGAUGAAUCAGCUGAUUUAUACACAUAUAUUUGUAUUGACAAAAUGCAAGUGUGUUGUCCCAUACACCAUUAUGGCAAAGCUUGUGCGCCAUGUCCUGGAGACCAUGCCAAUAUUUGCAAUGGUAAUGGAAAGUGUAGGGGUGAUGGUACUAGAAAAGGAAAUGGGACAUGCCUAUGUGAUCCAGGUUACAGUGGAGAGAAUUGUGAGCAUUGCAGUACUGGAUACUAUCUAUCAUACAAAGACGAUAAUAAAAUGUUAUGUUCCCAGUGCCAUAGGUCUUGUUUAGGAGGUUGUCGUCAAGGCACGCAGAAGGAUUGUGUGGCAUGUAAAACAGGCUAUACAUUUGAUACUGAAGAAGGUUGCUUAGAUGUAAAUGAAUGUGAUGAUCUUAACAAAUGCAGUAAGAAUCAAUUUUGCGUAAAUUCCAUUGGCUCAUAUGCUUGUAUGUCUUGUGACAAGUCUUGCGAUGGUUGCCAUGGUGACGGGCCAGAUAUGUGUAGAAAAUGUGCUAAGGGUUAUUCUAAAAAGGGAGAAUUUUGUAUUGCUGAUAGAGAAGACGAGGAUCAAUCUGAGAAACUUACAACAACAAGAAAAGAGGAGCUGUAA